AUGCUAUCAGCCGAGAAAACUGGCCAACUGAUUUAUGAGAAGCGACGGCGACAAGGCAUCCCCCGGUUACGUCAGCAGGCCGCCGCCGCCAUCGCAAUCGAAGACAAUGGAACCCUCCUGUUCAUCUCACUACAUCCCAUCUACUAUUCCCUCCCACCACUUCCGUCCCCUCCUCCCUUGACAUCAUCAUCCGGUUUGCGACUCGACUCGACUCAACUCACCAAGAACACCCACCUCAAACACCAUGCCCCCCAAAAAGCGCACCGCAACAACAACCCCCACCACCUCCACCCAACCCCCAAACGCCCCCGAGCGCGACAAUCCAAACUCGCCAAAGAAAACGACAUCAGCGCCGAAGAAGAAACCGAAAUCAAAGAAGUCUUUCACCUGUUCACGGAACCAAAUAAUGAAUUCCCAGAUGAGAAAGAGGGCGUGAUUCCUAGAGAAGAUGUGCGGAAGGCUUUGGUAGCAAUGGGCCUCGAACCCUCCUCAUCGGAAGAACUCCACUCCAUACUCGAAGCAGUCGAUCCAACAGACACGGGGUACGUCCCGUACGGGCCUUUUUUGACGGUUGCGGCGGCGAAGUUAAGGUCGAGGUCGGAGGAGGCCAUGUCGGCGGAGGUGGAUGCAGCGUAUCGGUUGUUUACGAAGGGGUCCGGGGGAUUGAUUACAUUCAAUCAUUUGAGGCGGAUUGCGCGGGAGUUGAAGGAGGAUGGACUGGGAGAUGAGUUGUUGAAGGAUAUGAUUUUGGAGGCGAAUGGGGGUGCUGGGGUGAAUGCGGGAGUUACGUUGGAGCAGUUUCAUGAGGUUAUGCAACGGGCUGGGGUGUUUUGAGCCUAGGGUUGGGUUGGGUUCAUGGCUUUUAGCGGGCGUUGGUUGGGUCUCUUUAUCGGUGUUACGUGGGGUAGGGAUGGUGGUAUAAAUGAGUCGGUUAUUGAGUACAUAGCGAUGGUAUGCUGCUUUAGCUGGGAGCAAAACAAGUACAUGCAAUGCAAUGUUAUAC